UUUCUGUAAUUUCAACCAAUCACUGACGUCCAUUCAGCCGAUAUACAUUAAGUGCCGACUACAUAAACAAACGAUUCUGAAACAAUUAACCCUAACCCUAACCCUAGGGUUAGGGUUAAAGCAAAUUUAAAAUGAAAAAAGCAAAUAAAACGAAGGUAUGGAGAUUAAAUACGCUUUGCAUCGCUUAAUCAGCCAAAGGAGUAAAUAUAAACAACUGAAUACUUGUCAGUGAUUGGUUGAAAUUAUCGAAAUAAGACAAUUUUUUACAUGAAAUAAAUUCGAAUACAAAAAUAUUUUUCUGUUCUAUAACACAAAAUAGAUAAGUAUACGAAGUUUGAAAGUCUUUCCGUACCAAAAACACUACGUAAAACAUUAAUGAAAAAGGUGGCCCCCGUUUUAAAAUAGAUCCGAAAAAAAUUAUUUACUAAUUUGCAUGCGCGCGCACACGCACACAUGUAUUCAUUUGCUCACGCGCGCACGCACUUGUAGGAUCGACUACUCACGACUAGCUAGCGCGGACGCGCGACUGCGCGUUCGGGACCCCUCUGCUUUAGUAGUACGAUAAUUAUAAUUCCAUGUGAAUAAUUGACAAAGUUCAGAAGGCUUAACAGAACAAUAAUAAUUGCGCGAGGUACAAAAGCAUGUCUGUAUUGGCAGUUGUUUGCAACAUGCAUAUUUGGAUCUCAGCCUGGGAUCAAACGACACUGUCGAUUUGCAGCUAUACUCAUUCUGUGAUUAACUGCAUUAACUAGGUGCCUCCAACAGGCGCUCUCGGCUGGGUCCGAUUGUCAAUUAUAUCAUGUAGCACACCCCACCCCACUAUUGCUCAAUCGAGUUCCUUCGACUCAAUUGUAAAGGACUCUCGGCAUUCACUCUUCCUCUAUUGCGUUAACGCUGGUCUCCCUCACACAAGAAUAUUCUUGGUCCACAUGCACCAGCAGAUUCGACCAAACUCAAUACUGUUACUGGAUGGAUGUUGUGCUUACCUCAAUAUAAAAGAGCCUGGGUUUAUUUGUUGGUCAUCGACGAUCAACAGUUAAAACGGCGAACAGAACAAAGUUUGAAUGAAAAACAGCCUUCUUUUCAAUUGAUUUACGACAAUAUAAUAUCAGAUGACAUUGGUAUAAAAGAAUAUUAUGUACCUGAGAUGCUUCAAUAUUCAUCAUCUUUUCAAGACAAAUGGAAGAUGCCAUAGAGAGCAGACAUAAACCCUCAUUAUAUACACUUAAUGUAGAAUUACUGUGGAAUAUUAGCUUUGAACAGAAUUUUUAUACAAAAUGCUCUCCAAUUCACAGACUGGAAUUUGUAUUAUAAUGAUUUGAUAUCGAAAUUAAAGCUGAUUUACAAAGGAAUUUGCAGCAUCUUCAAAUAUUGACAAAAAUCACAGUUGAUAGAAAUAUAGCCGAAGAAAUCGGAAUAAAAUAUAUAAAUAAAGGGAAGAAGAACUUUUAUAUUUAUUGUGGUGAGAGAGAAACAAGAAUGGAAGACAAAUUGUGUGAGAAAAAGAUUAAAUGUGAAGCAGAGUCUGAAAUUAUUGAUUUCCCUAAUGAUAUACAGGAAGAGAAAGGAAAGACAUUCUAUCAGUGUGAUAGCUGUAAUAAAUCAUUUAAUCGAAAUCACAGCUUAACUAGACAUAAACGCAUUCAUACAGGAGAGAAACCUUAUGUUUGUGAUAUCUGUGGUAAAUCAUUUCAUGGAAAUUGUGAUUUAAUUACUCACAUACGCAUUCAUACAGGAGAGAAACCAUAUCAGUGUGAUAUCUGUGAUAAGUCCUUUUGUCAAAAAGGUGAUCUAAAGAAUCACAAACGCAUUCAUACAGGAGAGAAACCAUAUGAGUGUGAUAUUUGUGGUAAAUCAUAUCACAGGAAUUGUGACUUAACUGCUCACAAGCGCAUUCAUACAGGAGAGAAGCCAUAUCACUGUGAGAGCUGUGGUAAAUCAUUCUCUCAAAAAAUUAACCUAGUUACUCACAAACGCAUUCAUACGGGUGAGAAACCAUAUCAGUGUGAGAUCUGUGGUAAACUAUUUGCCCAAACUGUUGAUUUAAGUAAACAUAAACGUAUUCAUACAGGAGAAAAACCAUAUCAGUGUGAUAUCUGUGGAAGAUCAUUCUCUGAUUGCUCUGUCUUAGCUACACACAAAUAUAUUCAUACACAGGAGAGGCCAUAUCAUUGUGAUGUCUGUGGUAAAUCGUUUCCUGCAACAACAAUUUUAAAUAGACACAAACGUUUUCAUACAAGAGAGAAAUUGUAUCACUGUGAUAUCUGUAAUAAAUCAUUCCCUUCACCUAGUUUUUUAACUAAACAUAAACGUAUUCACACGGGAGAGAAACCAUACAAAUGCGAUGUGUGUGGUAAGGCAUUCUCUGUGAAGCAUCACUUAACUACACAUAAACGUAUUCAUACUGGAGAUAAACCACAUCGGUGUGAUGUCUGUGGAAAAUUCUUUGCUCAAAACAGCCACUUAACUGCUCACAAACGUACUCAUACAGGAGAGAAACCAUUCCAGUGUGACAUCUGCAAUAAAUCGUUCCUUGCAAGUAGUGAAUUAACUUGUCAUAUACGGACCCAUACAGGAGAGAAGCCAUAUCAAUGUGAUGUCUGUCAUAAAUCAUUCUCUCAAAAAGGCCACUUAACUAAACACAUACGAAUUCAUACACAGCAGUAACUAGCUCAUUAUCAGAAUGGAGUUUGUGAUAAAUGCAGUGCAAACGCACGAACGAUGUCAUAAAUAACAGUACCACUGAUAGUUGUUGUUGACAAACAACAGCACAAAUUUUAUUCAAGAGAAAAGAAUCCAUUACACCGCCAGAACAUGUUGUCAAACCACAGCAGUAAUUGUUUUCACCUCAAUAGACGUCAGUGAGUGGUUGAAAUUAACGAAAUACGACAAUUUUUAACUUGUACUAAAUUGGAAUAUAAUAUUUUUUCUCUAUUCUAUAAGACAAAAUAUACAAAUAUACGAAGUUUUAAAGUGUUUCGGUAGAAAACACACUAAAUAAAAACUAAACAAAAAAUGGUGUCCGCCAAAUCAGAAAGAUCCCACAUGCGUGUGCAGGGCAGUUAAAACACCUUCCUUGUUCCAAAAACAGUCAACAGUCCUGUGAACGGAGUAGCUAUAUGUAAAGCAUUGGCCAACUACUGAUAACGGGCGAACUGUAGAGAGGGACUUCUCUGCGGGCUAGCUAUGACCUGGUCUGUAUUGAAGAGACUUCCGGUUAGGCGGGAUUUUUCAAAAGCACAAGUCUGUCGAUCGCUUUCACCUUCACUGUAUAUAACCGAACGUAACAAAAUAAAUUCCAUAUCAACACGUGCUAGUAAAUUCUGUUUUCUGAACCUACUAUUUCGGUAGAAAUGAUGAACUUCAUACAGUUCUCAAACUUUAAAAGACAUAAAACCCCACGAAACGAUAAUGUAAUCAGUACGCGUGCGCACAACGACCGGAAGUUAGGGGAUCUUGUACCGAAAUCCCGCGUAUUAAUGUUUGCAUAACGAUUAAACCGGCGAACAGAAGAAAGUUUGAAUGAAUAAAAGCCUUCUUUUCAAUUGAUUUACGACAAUAUAUUAUCAGAUGGCGUUCGCAUAAAACAAUUAUUUACUCGAGAUCCAUCAAUAUUUAUCAUCUUUUCAAGACAAACAGAAGUCAUACACAACAGAUAUGAACACUCAUUUUAUAAAUCUAUGGUAGAAUUACUGUGGAAUAUUGGCUCUGAACAGAAUUUUUAUACAAAACGCUCUCAAACUUACAGACUGGAAUUUGUACUAUAAUGAUUUGAUUUUGAAAUUAAAGUUGAAUUACAUAGGAAUUUGCAGCAUCUUCCAAUAUUGACAAAAAUCACAGUUGAUAGAAAUAUAGCCGAAGAAAUAGGAAUAAAAUAUAUAAAUAAAGGGAAGAAGAACUUUUAUAUUUAUUGUGGUGAGAGAGAAACAAGAAUGGAAGACGAAUUGUGUGAGAAAAAGAUUAAAUGUGAAGCAGAGUCUGAAAUUAUUGAUUUCCCUGAGGAUAUACAGGAAGAGAAAGGAAAGACAUUCUAUCAGUGUGAUAUCUGUAAUAAAUCAUUUAAUCAAAAUCACAGCUUAACUAGACAUAAACGCAUUCACACAGGAGAGAAAAAAUAUCAAUGUGAUAUCUGUAGUAAAUCAUUUAAUCGAAAUCAUAGCUUAACUAUCCACGUACGCAUUCAUACAGGAGACAAACCACAUAAGUGUGAUAUCUGUAAUAAAUCAUUCUCUGAUAAACGUACAUUAACUGCUCACAAACGCAUUCAUACAGGAGAGAAACCUUAUGUUUGUGAUAUCUGUGGUAAAUCAUUUCAUCGAAAUUGUAAUUUAAUUACUCACAUACGCAUUCAUACAGGAGAGAAACCAUAUCAGUGUGAUAUCUGUGAUAAGUCCUUUUGUCAAAAAGGUGAUCUAAAGAAUCACAAACGCAUUCAUACAGGAGAGAAACCAGAUGAGUGUGAUAUUUGUGGUAAAUCAUAUCACAGGAAUUGUGACUUAACUGCUCACAAGCGCAUUCAUACAGGAGAGAAGCCAUA